ACUAGGCUUUGUAAUAAGAAUAAGGCGCACGCGGGACGCAUGCGCACAGGCGACGGAGGCGAGCCGGCCGGAGCUUCCCCCGCGGCCGGCGGGGUGGACGGUGGGAUCCCCAUGGGAUCGGAGCCGAUGGAGAUGCGCAAGCGGCAGAUGCCCGUCCACGAGGCACCAGGGGCCGCGCCCGCCCUGCAGGCAGUGGGGAGUCGAGGGUCCAAUGCUUGCUGCUUCUGCUGGUGCUGCUGUUGCAGCUGCUCCUGUCUCACUUUUAGAAACCAAGAACAGAGACCCACAAGAGCUUCCCAUGAACUCAGAAUUGAUGAUCUUCCAAGCUGUGAAGAAAGCCCAUCUCCCACGCUGGAAGAAGUCAACGCCUGGGCUCAGUCAUUCGACAAAUUAAUGAUCACCCCAGCAGGAAGAAACGCUUUCCGAGAAUUCCUCCGAACAGAAUUCAGUGAAGAAAAUAUGCUUUUCUGGAUGGCCUGUGAGGAACUGAAAAAAGAAGCUAAUAAAAGCAUUAUCGAAGAGAAAGCAAGGAUAAUAUAUGACGACUACAUUUCUAUUCUUUCUCCUAAAGAGGUCAGCCUGGACUCCCGCGUGCGGGAAGUCAUCAACAGGAACAUGGUGGAGCCGUCGCAGCACAUAUUCGAUGACGCGCAGCUUCAGAUUUACACGCUGAUGCACAGAGACUCGUACCCCCGCUUCAUGAACUCUGCCCUCUACAAGGACUUGCUUCGGUCCUUGUCCGAGAAAUCAGCUGAAGCGUAGGGUUUUUCACAUAUAUUUAUUAUUAAUAAAAUAACAAAAGAAUUCAUGGACUACAUCUAGCACAGGGAGUUUAGAGGUAGUAAUGUCUUCUGCUGGAGUAAUACUGGGGCCAUUUUAAUAUCAGAUGCUUCCUUCAACAGACAGCUACAUAUUCAGAUUGUAAACUGCGGCCACCUUUAGUAAUACUUUGGGGGGGAAAGGGAUACGGCUGUUUUAGACAGAUAGUGUAUUUCCAACUGCAGUAACAGUAGCCUGCUGUCCAUGGCAAAGGACACACUAGAAGACUCCACACUGCCUGGAGCACGUACAUCCUGGGAGCGAACAGGACCUUUGUUUUGCAUGAGCUCAGUGAUUACUUCCCACCCCCCAAAACAAGACGUUCAGGUGUUUCUCAGCCUCCACUUCCCUCCAUCAGGCUUGGUUUGAAUACUUAUUAGUGCCAUUACAGGACUCAAAUUCACAUUUUAUAAAGAUGUGACCACUACUUGUACAAAUGGAAUUCCACUUUAUCUUAGAGUAUGUAUGUAUAUAGACACAUGCAUGUGUGUGUGGAUCUCUACAUGGUUAAUGUAAAGCACUGUGUUCUCAAGUGGAUAAGUCUCAAAGGUUUGGUAAGACAAACAGUGCUCAGAAAAUUUCUUUUGCUGAAAAGAGUUACCAUUAUUUUAUUAUCAGAAUUCAUCACCCUAAAAGAAUGAACUUUUAAGUUCACAACUUGGUCGUGUUCACAACAAAACUUCCAAAUAAGCAUAUUUCCAUUUUUAUUAUUGAAAGAAAUAUGGGCAUUUUCACUCUUAAAAAAAUAAAGCACAAGAGUUUUACCUCAA